AUGUCCUUCACAAAUGCGCCGGUGACGCGCACUCUCGUUCUUGGCUUGGUGACAAGCUCCAUCGCGGCCAGCCUGCUCGACGUCAAGCACUACUUCUACAUUGUCGUCGAUACCCAUCUCUGGCGGUAUCAUCAAAUCUGGCGCCUUCUGGCGUAUCAAUUAUGUUGUACCAACUCGAGCGAGGUGCUUUUCGCCUCAAUGACACUCUACCAUCUGAGGGUCAUUGAACAGAUAUGGGGCUCGAGAAAAUACGCGUCAUUCGUGGCUGUUUCCGCGCUAUUCACAGCAGUCGUGCCUCCCGUUCUCUUGUCCCUCGUUCUGCGCCCGCUGACGGCUGGCCUGUUUAACUACAUGCCGGCCGGACCAACCCCGAUUAUCUUUGCGAUACUGGCGCAGUAUCACGCCGUGAUCCCACACAUUUACCGUUACCGCGUCGCGGCGUCGUCGGCACCACCUACGACCGACGAGUUUGUCGGACUGACGUUCUCAGACAAGUCAUACCGCUAUGCUCUCGCGUUGCAACUGGCCCUCUUUCAAUGGCCGGGCUCGCUGCUUGGGGCCGCUAUUGGCUGGGUUGUGGGGUACUCGUGGAGGAACGACUUGCUGCCAGGAGCAUUGACAAAAUGGCGCCUUCCGGGAUGGAUGGUCGGCGUCAGAACACAAAGAAGACGGGGCGAGUUCGAAGGGCUUCGUCGGCGGCUGGAAGGGGAGGGCUCAUCCGCCACCACAUCUGGUGCGCAGGGCCAAGCUGACGGGGACGCUGGACGGAGGAGACCGACCGAACAGGGCAGGCGAGAGGACUGA